AUUUAAUUUAUACACUUUGAUGGUGUCUGUUUGAACUGGUUGUGGUUAAUAGCGUCAUCUGUGAGAUAAUAAUUUAGUCAUCGAGCGCCCAUCGAGUAUAUAAGUGACAUAGCAAUCGAGUGUGAGCACGCAGUACAUUGCAACUUUGUUAACAAAGAAACAAGUGCCCUAUCGUUAGCGAUGCGUUCCGUCAGUGUCGUGUUGAUUCUCGUAGUGGCAGCAAUGGCGAGCUCUGCGCCCUCUGACUUAAGUCCUCCCCCAAAGGAGCAUUACGACUUAGAAAGGGCCGAUGAACUCUUCGAACAAUUCAUAAAGGACUACGAAAGGGAAUAUAAGGAUGAAAAUGAUAAACAAGUGCAUUUCCAAGCGUUCGUCGAGAGCUUGAAGAAGAUCAAUAAGUUGAACGAGGAGAGCACAAGCGCCACUUUCGGUAUUAACAAAUUCGCCGACUACACUGAGGACGAGAGGAAGAAUAUGUUCGGUUUAAGAUUGCCAAAGCAGUAAACGAAGUACCUGAAGCAGACGAAAAAAACAUUUGAAUAAAACUAUUUUAUUAUUAUGAUUAAUUUUCUAUGAUUGUAAAAUUUUAAAAUAAAUGUAAUUUCUUUUAUAUCA